UAUUCGUCUCUAGAUCAUGGAUUGGAAUCGAGGAUUUGAUUUCCGGCGCGUUUAAUUUUUUGUUCAUGGCGGUGACGACUGAACCGGGCCUUCAUUAAUUCGCAGAAGGGAGCUAGCCAUGGUGGUGGUCAACGUGCGGCGGUCGACGAUGGUGCGUCCUGCGGAAGCGACGCCGCAGCGACGGCUGUGGCUCUCCAACCUGGAUCAGGUGAUGCCGCAUCACCACACGCUGAGCGUGUUCAUCUACCGGCCGGAUGGGUCGGCCAACUUCUUUGACGUGGCGGUGCUGCGCGACGCGCUGUCCCAGGUGCUGGUGCCCUUCUAUCCCAUGGCCGGGCGGUUGGCGCGCGACGAGGACGGUCGGAUCGUGAUCGAUUGCAACGGCGAGGGGGCGCUGUUUGUGGAGGCGGAUGCAGAGGCGACGGUGGACGACUUAGGCGACUUCGCACCCACUGGGGAGCUGCAGCAGCUCGUCCCAAAGCCAAAUGCAGACUACACCUACGGCAUCUCCGCCUUCCCGCUCUUGCUUCUCCAGGUCACGCACUUGAAGUGUGGCGGUGCAGCCCUGGGCGUCGGCACGCAGCAUGCCGUCGUCGACGGCUUCUCUGGCCUUCACUUGAUAAACUCCUGGUCCGACGUUGCUCGGGGCGUCGGCAUCACCAUCCAGCCAUUCAUCGAUCGGACCCUCCUCCGCGCUCGCGACCCACCCAACCCCUCAUUUCCUCACAUCGAGUAUCAGUCCCCUCCUUCCAUGAACAACACCUCUGCUGCCCAAGUCCCAAGCUCGGCCGUUGCAGUCCGCAUCUUCAAGCUCACCCAGGAGCAGCUUAACCUCCUCAAAGCCAAAGCUCCCCCGGGUGGCAACUACAGCACGUACGUCCUCCUCGCGGCACACGUGUGGAGGUGCGCAUGCAUAGCGCGCGACCUCCCGCCCGACCAGAUGACCAAGAUGUACAUUGCGACCGACGGUCGGCAGCGAGUGCAUCCACCACUUCCGCAAGGCUACUUCGGGAACGUGAUCUUCACAACCACGCCCAUUGCAUCAGCAGGGGAGGUGACCUCUCCUGAGGGCGGUCCUUCCUCAGCGGCCAAGACGAUCAUCAAGGAGGCUUUGGUGAGGAUGGACGCCACCUACUUGCAGUCGGCAUUGGACUACCUGGAGUUGCAGCCAAAUUUGGAGGCUCUGGCGAGGGGCGCUCACACUUACAGAUGCCCAACCCUCGGGCUCACCAGCUGGGCGCGUCUGCCAAUCCACGAUGCAGACUUCGGUUGGGGCCGGCCAAUUUUCACGGGUCCAGCCCGCAUCAGUUACGAGGGUCUGGCGUUCGUCCUGCCAAGCGCUGCUGGGGAUGGUAGCCUCUCGGUGGCCAUCUCCUUACAGCCUGAUCACAUGGUGAAGUUCCAGAAGUUCAUCUAUGAUAUCUAAGUCUUUGAGAUUGUUGUGCUUGAAUUUCUUACUUAUGAUUUGAAAUUGUCAUGUUUAAUAUUGAAUCAAUUAUUUAAAUUUCUGAUAUGUAUCCACGCAAACA